GCGGGGUCUCCGGCCUCUCUGGUGGCGGAGGCUGGGCCUCGGGGCGCGCUUCCGCUUGUGUGGAGCUGUGGGAUAGGGCCGGCGGCUGCCAGGGAUGGAGGAUGAUUGUACUUCUGCUGCAGCUGGCUGUACUUGGCCCGGCGUUGGCGGCCGCGACUCUUGUUCUGAUUUCUAUUGUUGCAUUUAUAACUGCUACAAAAAUGCCACCACAUCACCAAAAUGAAGAAGAGAAGUUCUUCUUAAAUGCCAAAGGCCAGAAGGAAAUUUUACCCAGCAUCUGGGACUCGCCUACCAAACAGCUUUCUGUUGUUGUGCCUUCAUACAAUGAGGAAAAACGGUUGCCUAUGAUGAUGGACGAAGCCCUGAACUACCUGGAAAAGAGACAGAAACAUGAUCCUGCAUUCACUUAUGAGGUCAUAGUAGUCGAUGAUGGCAGUGUAGACCAGACUUCAAAGGUGGCUCUGGAAUAUUGCCAGAAAUACGGAAGUGACAAAGUACGAGUGAUUACCCUGGUGAAGAACCGUGGGAAAGGUGGCGCUGUCAGGAUGGGGGUGUUCAGUUCUCGAGGUGAAAAGAUCCUCAUGGCAGAUGCUGAUGGAGCCACAAAGUUCCCAGAUGUUGAAAAGUUAGAAAAGGGACUAGCUGAUCUACAGCCUUGGCCUGAUCAAAUGGCCAUUGCAUGUGGAUCUAGAGCUCAUUUGGAGAAAGAAUCAAUUGCUCAGCGCUCUUACUUCCGUACUCUUCUCAUGUAUGGGUUCCACUUUCUCGUGUGGUUCCUUUGUGUCAAAGGAGUCAGGGACACACAGUGUGGGUUCAAAUUACUAACUCGAGAAGCAGCUUCCCGGACAUUCUCAUCUCUGCACAUUGAACGAUGGGCAUUUGAUGUAGAACUGCUGUAUAUAGCACAAUUCUUUAAAAUCCCAAUAGCAGAAGUUGCUGUCAACUGGACUGAAAUUGAAGGUUCUAAAUUAGUUCCAUUUUGGAGCUGGCUACAAAUGGGCAGGGACCUACUGUUUAUACGACUUCGGUAUCUGACGGGUGCCUGGAGGCUUGAGCAAACUAGGAAGAUGAAUUAGUUUGCAGACCUGGGCUGCAUCUUUAUGUAUCAGUAUCAUGUUAUUUCACUUGAAACCAAGAUUUUAAAUAAAACUGGGAUGGACCUGUU